AUGUCAGGAUUAGAUGAAUGUGAAAAGAAUGGAAUUGUUAUAGAAGUUGUAAAUAGUAACAAAAAAGUAAAUGAUGACGACGAUUAUAGAGAUGAAGACGAAGACGAAGAGGAUUUACCAUAUUCAAAAUCACCAUUAAGAACUAAAAAUGAAAUUGUAGACAUAAUAAUAAGUAAACCAAAUGUAGAAAUAACACUAGAUAUGGAAUUACGAAAAAUUGGUCAAAUAUUACACAUUGUCGAGAAUUAUAUUGUUAUAGACUCAGAAUUAUCAGGAGAAUUGCAAGUUUUAGAUAGUGAUAGUAUUUUAGUAUUAGAAAAUAGGGAAAUCUUGGGACAAAUCUUUGAAACAAUCGGACCAGUCGCUAAACCAAAAUAUGUUGUAAAAUUUAAUAAUGAAUCAGAAAUUAACAAAGAAAAGAUUAAAAUCAACACUGAUAUAUUUUGUGUAAAGGAUUUUGCAAAAUAUGUGUUUACUCAGCCUCUUCGCCAACUGAAAGGUUGUGAUGCAAGUAAUCUAUACGAUGAAGAAGUCAAUGAAUCAACUUAUACAAAUCAAGCAGAUCCUGAAGAUUUCUAUGUUAAACAAGACAGAAUAGGAUCUUUUGGUGAAGUCUACAAAGGAUUUGAUAAAAAAACCAAAAAACCAGUCGCAAUUAAAAUAAUUGAUCUUGAAACUGCUGAAGAUGAAAUUGAAGAUAUUCAACAAGAAAUUGCUAUUCUUUCACAAUUGGAUUCACAAUACGUUACAAGAUAUUAUGGUUCUUAUCUAAAAGGAACACAUUUGUGGAUUAUAAUGGAAUAUUGUUCUGGUGGUUCUUGCUCAGAUUUAAUGAAAGCAGGAGCUAUUAGAGAGGAAUACAUAGCAAUCAUAUUGCGAGAAUUAUUAAAAGGUCUUGAUUAUCUUCAUAAUGAAAACAAAUUACACAGAGAUUUCGGAGUUUCUGGACAGAUUACAGCCACUAUGACCAAGAAAAAUACUUUUGUUGGAACACCAGCAGAUAUUUGGUCAUUGGGUAUAACUGCUAUUGAACUUGCCAAAGGAGAACCACCAUAUGCUGAUUUACAUCCAAUGAAAGUUCUUUUCCUUAUCCCUAAAAACCCACCACCAAGUCUAGAUGGGAUAUAUUCUAAAACAUUUAAGGAGUUUGUGGCUGCAUGUUUGGACAAAGAUCCAAAAAAUCGACUGUCUGCAAAAGAAUUGCUCAAAAACAAAUUUAUUCGUAAUGCCAAAAAAACUUCAUAUUUAACAGAAUUAAUUGAACGAUAUCAACGAUGGUUGGUGGAGAGAGGUCAUGAUGAUACAGAUGAAGUGACACAUAAUGAAAAUGGACAUGAUUCUUAUGAAGAACCAUCUUGGGAAUUUGAGACUGUUAAACAUGCAAGACCAGUUUCACUAACAUCAUAUAAUGAAGAGGAUGAUUAUUCAGAAGACAAUGCCACAAUUGAACCACCAGUAUCAGUAUCGGGUCCAGAGGUUUUCACUAAAGUUAUUGUUCCAUCUAUUGACAAGUUGCGUAAAACUGCACCAUCUCAAAAGGCUCGGUUAACUUUGGAAGGAUUAAGGAUUGCUUUUGAGGAAGCCGAAAAAGAAAAUCCUGGCAUAUCAGAAACAUUUAUGAAUGCUGUUUUUCAAAGAUUUGAUGAAGUUAAUAUCUAA